AGCUCUUCAAAGAAUAUAGAAUAUCUAUAAAAUGACUCUCACAUACGAGGAUGUCCCCCUCCAAGUCAACGACGUCACUCUCUCCCUCUCCACCAUCCACCACAACCUCACCAAUGGCCAACCUCCCAUCCUCUUCCUCCACGGCUUCGGCUCCUGCAAAGAAGAUCUCGCCGAUAUAACCAUCCACCCAGCCCUGCAGCACCGCGCAUACAUCGCCUUUGACGCCCCAGGCUGCGGCCACUCACACUGCUCCGACCUCUCCGCCGUCUCCAUUCCAUUCCUCGUCUCAACUGCAGAGGCCAUCUUAUCCUACUUUAAGAUUGAUAAAUUCCACCUAAUCGGCCACUCAAUGGGUGGACUGACUGCGCUUCUCCUCGCUGAUAAGCAUCCCACCCGCGUGCUCAGCUUCAUCGAUAUCAAGGGCAACCUCGCACCGGAAGACUGCUUCCUCAGUCGACAGAUCUUCACCUUCCCGUCUGACCAUCCAGAUGAGUUUCUCGAUGCGUUUAUCCAGCGCACGCGGAGCGCAAAGUCAUACGGUAGUGCGCUGUAUGCGAGUACGAUUCGCGCGAGGGUGCGCGCGGGAGCGGUGCGCGCGAUCUUCGAGUCGAUGGUGCACUUGUCGGAUGAGGUUGAUUUGCUGGGGAUGUUUUUGAGACUACCUGGCAAGAAGAUGUUUAUGUAUGGGGAGGAGAAUGCAGGAUUAUCGUAUUUGGGAAGGUUGAGGGGGGAGGGGGUGGAGUUGGCGGAGAUUGAGGGGAGUGGGCAUUUUCCGAUGUAUUCGAAUCCGGUGGAGAUGUAUAGACGGAUUGCGAGUUUCUUUGAUAGAUUUGAUUUAUAGAUUAGAUUAUUACACAGUUGAUAAAAUAAUAUACAAUGCUCAGUCAACAUAUUUGGAGAGGAAUCUUUAGCGAAAUACGCGACUUGAGCAGAUCCUGAUAUCCAACC